UAUUGUGUAAUCUCGGCAGGGGGCGCGCGUGAGUGUUACAAAACAAUUCCACGUGAAACCGGCGGCGUGCACAAGUUGUGCGUCUUCUGAUCUCCUUAGUUCAACAUUUUAGGCUUCUGUAGGAAAUUCCUCCCCUUGUUUUCUACCUCACACGAUGCCGGAAGGCCCAGAGCUUCACCUGGCUGCUCGCUUCGUGAAUGCGAUGUGUGCGGGCCGAGUUUUCACCGGAAAACCCGUCAAGUCGGAAGUCAACUGGAAGAAUCCCGAAGUGUCCUUCGAGGCCGAGGCGUACACCAUCUCUGCAGUCUCAAGAGGCAAGGAGGUACAGAUGAGUCUCAACCCCCUUGAGGAGGAAGAUAAGGGGAAGAAGAAGAAGAAGGGGAAGGUUCUGGAGUCGCUGAAGAUUGUCUUUCGUUUUGGCAUGUCUGGAAUGUUUAGAUUUACCCCAGUGUCAGAGAUACCUAAACACGCCCACCUGAUGUUCCACACGAGAGACGAGCCGCCCAUGGUCCUGUCGUUCGUGGAUGUGCGCAGGUUCGGCCGGUGGGAGGUGGGGGGUGGAUGGCAGAAGGACAGGGGGCCGUGUAUCAUACUGGAGUAUCAGGACUUCAGGUCCCAUGUCCUGUCCAGUCUGGCCGACACUGCAUUCAACAGACCCAUCUGUGAAGUCCUGCUCAACCAGAAAUACUUCAACGGUGUCGGGAACUACCUCAGGGCGGAGGUUCUCUACAGACUGGGAAUCCCACCUUUUGUAAGCGCUCGUUCUGUACUGGAACCUCUGGCAAAGACAGAAGAACUCCUGGCACAAAAUGGCAGGAAGGGGGUGAAGGUAAAAACAGAGCAGCCAGACCUACUGGAGUUGUGCAACAAGCUGGCGCUUGAAGUUGUUAGUCUAGAAGUUACAUUUGUCUGUUCAGGUGGUACGACGUACAACCACUCCCCUGACAGUGAGUCCAGUCACAAUGCCUUCCUGCGGUGGUUACAGUGUUACUACAACCCUGACAUGAGAACUCUGGUCGAUCACAAUGGAAGGACUAUCUGGUUCAAGGGAGAAGCAGGGCCACUUGCACCAAAAGGUAAAACUUCCAAUAUACAACUUUAUCUAAUGUCAACUCUCAUAAUCUCAAUGGCUACCCUGAGACUGCCACAUUUCUAAAGUGGUGAACAUACACAUUUACACCCUUGCAGGGUUCUAGCCAGUGCAUUUUAGCAUAACAGGCCACGUUAUAUUUGCAUUGCAACCACCAUGCUGAAAUGAGUCCCACUAUGCUAAUUUAAAACUGCGGUAGUGGUACUAUCAUUUGCUUGUUGCAAAAUGUCUCAUCCAGUACGAAAAAUGAUGAUAUGCCACUCCAAACUGACCAUAAAGCCUUUCAAUUACAUGUG